AUGGCUACGAGCGGGCAUCAUCAGCAAUUGCGCAAGAGAAUGCUGCAUUUGAGAUCAGACUUCGGCCAGCCAGGGACUGACGUGGUUGUCAGCGACUUGGUCAUGGAUGAUGGUGUUGAAUUUGUGGCACUGGAGAGUGAAGCUUUUGACGCCGCAUUUGGUGGCAAGGAGAGCCUGCACAAGGAGAUGGGCAGAGAAACGGCCCAGUAUAUCGAGACCGGAAAGUCAUCUGCGCGGCUACUCGACUUUGUUUCCUUUCUUCAGAAGGAGAUUGCGCGGUUCUCGCCGACACACAUCAUCUCAAACGAUGGACUUUCCAUACAGGCCAGUCUUGCUCUGAACUCUGCCAGUACCACUGUACGCCGCGUUGCUGUCGUACAUACUGCUGAACAGCUUCCCUUUGGACCAUUCUUUGGGGGCAUGCCUGGGCAUGCGAGCUCACAUCGAGAGCUUGACUGUCUUCGGCAGCUGGACGGGAUCUGGAGCGUUUCCAACGCCAUCAAACAAUACGCUCUGGACCAUGGCCAACUUGACACGAGCUUCUUCGUGCAUCAUCCGUGGACGUACUUGGAGGAAAAGAAGCACACGAUGCCCGCCCAGCACCACAACUGGGACAAAAGGUUUGUUGGCAUGAUUAAUCCUUGUGUGGUCAAGGGCUCGCAUAUCCUUGUCGAACUUGCCAAAGUUUGCCCGUACUUCGACUUCCUGGUGUACAAAAGCUGGGGCUUUGAUGAUGAUAUCGGCAAGCAGAUGCAACACUUACAGAAUAUGACAACUCGCCCGACAUGUACCAACAUGGAAGACGCCUGGAGGGACAUCAAGGUUCUCCUCGUUCCUUCGGUCUGGUUCGAGGCGUGGGGCAUAGUGGUGGUUGAGGCCCAUCUUCGCGGGAUCCCGGUCAUUUCUUCCAAUGCAGGCGCGCUUCCUGAAGCCAUGCUCGGACUCGAUUAUGUCAUUCCAGUAACCACUGUCGACGGAAAACGUGAUGAAAAGGAAACAUACAUCGUGCCUGAGCAGGACAUCGCACCGUGGGCAGACGCCUUGAACGAGCUCAUGACUGACAGGGUCAGGUACGAGGAGGUCUCAACCAAAGUGCGGGAGACCACACAGCAAUGGCUGAAGGACACGGAUGAAUCGGCGCUGGAACAGUGGUUGGUCGGUAUGACGAACCGUGUGGAUUGA